ACAGCACAUCUUGCAUUACUUAGGUGCUCCCAUCCGCCCAUCUCUCAACAAUUCUUUGUCUCCCUGUCCGGAUGAGAAUUAUAUUGGAGCACCGCCGAGGCGCUGCACAAUGGCAGUCACAAACUCGAGCUCUGACUCGGCGCAAAUGGCGCACGCGGCAGUAAGCAGCCAGAACGGCGCGGCUAUGAAAGCGACACGAUCCUCGGUGGCUUCCCACCAUCGGAGGCGGUCGCUACCACUGAAUUUCCAGGCGAAUCUCUGGAGCGGCGAUUCGCACCUGAUUUCCAGCUCAUCCAAGGCUGAGAUAUCUCUCGUCGAAGGCGCCGCUGGGGUUGCGCAAGGCGAACACACCCCGAGCCUUGAGCGUCCGUUCGCAGUGCUCCACCAGCUGCACGCUUCCACGCCACCGCGAUCUCCGUCGAGGUUUCCCAAUCCCGCGAAUGCGGAGUUCUCGUCUCAUCGAUACACGAAGUCUGCCAGCGCCCGUAAUUCCACGUUCUCGCAGCCCGUGAUCGUGAGGACAUACUCCUCUCCCUCCUCGCGCCCAUCAUCGCGACAGCCGUCCUCGCCUCGGAUCAAGAAGUCAAUCUACAAGAUGACGAAGGCCGAGCUACCCCCAGUCGAGGCUUUUACAUUUAAGGGGAUUAUGGAUAGCAUCCAAGGUUCUGUGGCAGAUGACUUGGAUCGCAUAGCCGAGAUCUGUGCGAGGAGCAGGUACAGCCUGAGCAACCAGUACGAGGUGCACAUGCCGCCUCACGGUGAAGGCGAAGCAUUCCUACGACCCGUAGGAGACGAAGAGGUUGGCAGGACAACUCUUGCAGGAAGGGCAAGAGGGGCGAGGAAACCAAAAUCAAAGGCAUUUGAUACUCUCGAAACUAUUUAUUCAAGCAGCAGGAGUAGCGAGGAAGAGAAGGCAAAGAAGAAGAGCGCAGGAGCGCUCGCAGAAGAAGUAAGAGGGAGACAGGCCCGGAAACUGAUUGGCGAAAGUAGUAGGGGUGAAGAAGCUACGGACGCGGAUGCAGAUGCUGAGCAGUCCGAAGUUAACGGCAGCGGAUACGGUCGAAGGAAAUCGACACAGAAGCACAAGCAAGCACGCUCACAGUCUACAACAUUUGCUUCGAUGGUCAUGGAUAGCGCGCAAGCUUCACGCAGCGAAGCCGGUUCCCACCGAGCCAAUCCAUCGUCUCUAGUCAGCGAACCUCUACUUCCACGGACAAGCAACACACUCGAGCGGAAGAUCCAAGGGGAAUCCAUACCACCCGCCCCUCCAGCAACUAUAGCACCCCCGCCAUACGUGCCUAAAUCAUCAACAACUACCCCUCACGCGAAAUUUUCAAUGCCGAUCGAUCAGCCCGAGACCAGGGCAUCUGUGCUUGCGAAUUUCUCGAGUUGGCUCCCGUGGAAUAAAACGUCUGAGAAUGGCGAUGGACCUGUCUCUCCGCAGGAAUUCAUGCGUCAGAAGGCAUUGUCUAGUGCGGAGGGCAGUUUGAGGCAACUGUUGGGGCCACAGGAUAAUGAUCGGAGCGAUCGGAAAGGCAAGGGUGUGAACCGCGAAGAUGGGUGAGCAGCUAGGGGGGCUGUUAAGAGAUUAUUAGAGACAGACGCUCGUUCGGAAUUAAGGGGCCGGAGAUCGGAGCCAGUGCAGAGGUCAAGGUUGAUAUGUGAUUCGAACUAUCCAGGGUUUUCAGCGCCAAAGAAUGACAAGUUCUUCGCUCGGGGGUCUGAGGCUCGGCCUCGAUGGGCCGUCAUAUCAGAGCGCAUUCGACGCGCUGGCCCAGAAUUGCGACUCAAAAGCCCCCAGUGACAGUUAGACUUAAGGUUCAAGACUGGUAGAGCUAGUAUUCAGCCCUAUAUAUGGAAAGAACGAUUACCAA